AAAAUGGACCCAAACGGUGACUUACAAUUUGAGAAGCUAUAUCGUUCCAAAGGUACACUAAUAAAGACAAGAAACUUGCCAUAUAACAUUAAGAAGAACAAGUUGCAAAGGUUGACCUUUAGUCCUGAGAUAAGGAAUCCGAACUCCCGUUUGUUGGAAGAGUCAAUGGGACCAAUGUCUACUAUCGACGAGGAUGGUAGUCUUAAGCCUCACAAUGUCAGUAAAUUCAUGAUUCCUCCACCUAGCCCUCUGUUCACAUUCGAUGAGGAUGACAACAAGUACAGGCUAGAGAUAAAGAAGCAGAAAGUCAAUAAGCUUGACAAGUUGAUUUCCAAACUUGAUGCCAGAGUUAAGGAGAUCGAUGACCUUCCUCCUGUGUUCUGAAGUGCAGACUUUAGACAGAGGAUUAAUAGACUUGGUAUGUAAAUGGACGUUGGUCAACUGUUUUGCUACAAAAUCCAUAAGUUGUCUCUGAUAACAACAACCAAAAUCUAAGAGGUUUAAAUAUU